AUGGUUCACUUUAACCGCGUGGCAUGCCUCCUGGCACUGCUUGCCAAUGUGCAAGCUAACCCCGUUGUCAACAAUGUCCGUGACGACAAGGGUCAAGCCCGCAAGCUUCCCCAGCUGUGGCCGGCUCCCCAGCAGAUUACCGCCACCGGCUGCGGCAUCUCGCUCAAAGGGGCCGUCACCAUCGUGACGGGCAACGCCACCGACGCCGCCACCAUUGACACAAUCAAGGCCGUCGUCAAGGCUGCCGGCGGUAAGCCAACAGUCUCGGCCCACACCACCAACCACGGCACUCAGAUCUUGGUCGGCACUGAGACCGACAACGAUGUGGCUGCCGCCGCUGCGAAAAGCCUCACUGGCGAUUCCGCAAAGGGUCUGGCCGCCGACGGCUAUGUCCUCGCCACGGGCAAAUAUGAGCACCAGCCGACUGUCGUCCUCAACGGCGUUGACACGCGCGGCACCUUCUAUGCGUCCCAGACGCUCCGCCAGCUCGCCGAGGGCCGCCAUGGCGUUCCCGGCGUCAAGGUCCGCGACUGGCCGCUCAUGGCCAUCCGUGGCUCCAUUGAGGGCUUCUACGGCGUCCCUUGGUCCCACCAGGCGCGUCUCGACCAGUAUGUCUUUUACGGCAAGCACAAGAUGAACACGUACAUCUACACGCCCAAGAGCGACUCUUUCCUCCGCGACGAUUGGCGCAAGCCGUACGGCUCGGACGACCUGACCCAGCUGAAGGAGCUGAUCACGACCGCCGAGGCCAACCAUGUUGACUUCACCUUUGCCCUGUCCCCUGGUCUGGAUCUGUGCUACUCCUCAGAUGACGACUUCAACACCACCGUUACCAAGUUCAACCAGGUUCGCGACCUCGGUGUGAACAGCUUCUACAUCGCCCUCGACGACAUCCCGCUGGAGUUCCACUGCGACUCGGACAAGAAGAAGUGGCCCGACAACGGCGAUUGGCAUUGGAUCGCCGACGCUCAGGCCUACUACCUGAACCGUAUCCAGACCGAGUACCUCGAGGCCAACGGCCUCCUCAACCUUCAGACUGUGCCGACCAACUACGCGGGAAGCCAGCCUGACCCCUAUAAGGAAGAGUUUGGAACUCAGCUCAACAAGAACAUCAGCAUUCAAUGGACUGGUGAGGGCGUGUUCUCGCCCAACGUCACCGUGGAGAGCGUCGUUCGCGCCGACUCGACCUAUGUCACCGACAAGCUGUACUUUUGGGACAACUUCCCUGUCAAUGACGGCAAGACGAACCGACUGUUCCUCAACCCGCUUACCGGUCGUGAUGCCGACCUGUACAAGCACCUCCUCGGCUUCACUUCGAACCCGAUGGUGCAAGCGUAUGCAUCCAUGAUUGCGCUCGCCAACUACGGCGACUACACGUGGAACGGCCCGGCGUACGACGCCGACAAGUCCAUGGCUGCGGCGCUGCUGGAACUCGCUGGCGGCGAAGGGAAGGUCCACGACGCACUCGUCGCCUUUGUCGACCUCAACCAGAACUGGCCAUACCGGACGCCCACCGUCAACGCGCCUCAAUUGAACAAGGACAUUUCCGCCUUCUGGGCCGCUCGGAAAGGUUCGUCCUCUGACAAGAAGGACGGCACAAAGGCGCUGCGCAAUCGCCUCCAGUUCAUCACCACCCUUCCUGACGUUCUGCCGCGCCUCGCGAUGAAGGGCUUUGCCACGGACUCGGCUCCCUGGGCGACCGUCGCGAUGCAGUGGGCGACGGCGUGCCAGCACCUGGUGGCCAUGCUCGACGCUAUCGAUGCGGGCGACAAGGCCAAGGCCACCAAGGAGUUCAAUUCGGCUCAAGACUGGGUCACGAAGACCAAGGCCAAGACGGUCAGCGGCCUCAAUGACAAGGGCGAGGUCAGCCCCAACAUGAUCACUCCGGUGACUGGUGAUGGGGCAUUUGACACGUUCCUUGCCAACGCCACGACGAUUUACGAGAAGCAGUGA